AUGGAUUUUGAUUAUUUCAUUAAAUAUUAUCAAUCAAAAUGUGUGUAUUGGGAGACACAGGGCAUCCAAACAGUAUGGGUAGGUUUAUGGACUCGAUUAACAAAACCCAGUCAUCUAUGGGAACUGGAUCUAUGCCGUCGGUUCGGCAAAUGUUUUGGUAUCUAUGAGCUGACACAACCGGUACUCUAUAUUUCGGAUCCGGUAUUGAUUCGCGAGGUUUUAGUCAAAGCAUUUGAUAGAUUUACAAACAGACGGGACUUUGCCACCGGUUCUGAUCCAAUGAUCGACAAUUCAGUGGCAAACCUAAAGGGAGACCAAUGGAAAAGGGUUAGAUCACUAAUGUCGCCGGCAUUUACUACCAGAAAACUCAAACAAAUGAUACCAUUGAUCAACCAAUGUUUGAAAACACUCGACAAAAAUCUAAGUACAGUCUCGACAGCCGACUGUCCAUCAGCUAAUGAAACCGAUACAAAACGCUUGUUCGGCGCCUACAGUAUGGAAGUAAUUAUUCAGGUUUGCUUCGGUACCAAAGUUGACGCCCUAUUAGAUGAAGACAAUCCUAUCAUCAGUAAUGCUAAGAAAUUGUUUUCGUUUGACUUCAAUACAAACCUAUUGAUAUUGUUUUUGUUUCCCUGGUUGGCCAAAUCGUUGAAGCUGAAAAUUUUCGAUGAAAAUAGUUCAAAAUUUUUUUGUAACUUUACUUUUCAGAUUAUUGAAGAACGUCGUCAACAAAAACAACAACAACAACAAUUGAAAUCUGUAGACAAUAUAGAAAAACGGGUCGACUUUUUGCAAAUAAUGUUAGAAUCGGUAUCAGAGACGAGUUCAAUACAAUAUGAUAAUGAUAAUACCGAUGAAUUUAUUACCAAUAAAACAAACAAAAAUAAAGAAAAUUAUAGGGAGCUGACCAAUGAUGAACUACUAUCGCAAUGUAUAUUGUUUUUUAUAGCCGGUUACGAAGGACCGGCUACAACAUUGUCGAUAAUAACGUAUUUGUUGGCUAAGAAUCCUUUAGUCCAGGAAAAAUUAUACAAAGAAAUUGACAAUUAUUUCAAAAAGAAUAAAGACGUCGACUACGAUAAACUAUAUUCGCUAAAAUAUUUGGACGCAGUUAUUAUGGAAUCGUUAAGAUUAUAUCCGAGCUCAACGUUCUUGGAAAGAGUAGCUACCGAUGAUUAUACGUUGAGCACUGGUAUUCAAAUCAAAAAAGGCCAUCUAAUUCAUAUACCAGUCUAUUCUAUACAUCACGACAAUACUAUUUAUCCAGACGCUGACCAGUUUUUACCCGAGCGAUUUUUGGCCAAUAAUGUCGAUCAGCAGCAGCAGCAGCAACACAACCCGUACGUCUAUUUGUCGUUCGGUGCCGGACCUCGAAACUGUAUCGGUAUGCGAUUGGCCCAAAUGGAAAUCAAACUGGCCCUAGCCAAUGCUAUACAUAAAUACAGGUUCAUCGAUACAGGGCUAACUUUAGGCUUAAGGUAA